GGUGCUUCCAAUGAAAAGCCAGCGGGGCGGAGAAAGUCUUGGGGUUCUGGGACCUGAGGGACCCUGGGUUCAAGUUCCGAUCUUGAACCCCGAGCAGCUCAGCUUCCGUUGGGCGGCUUAGGUUCAGUUGGAAUUCUGCAGACCCACCUCAGAGCGCGGUCCUUGUUGGAAAAUGUGUGUCCUCUUUGAAGUUGCCAACUUUAGUUUAAGGUGCUUAAAGGUUUUCAUAUACAACGUUUCACGCCACUGGCCAGUUUUCUAUUUUCCCGUAUUUUCUAGGCUAACGGUCCCUGCUGCAAUUUGCGCCCCGCGUAUCCUGGGGCUUCUGAUACCCUCCGCCAGGCUUGAACUUGGGACCCACCGGCACCUCGUUCAGAGUAUCAAGGAGUAUCAGAGAUCAGAGAUCUUCGAGCUCAACUACCCUGAAGGCACCAGAACAGUCUGGUCGUCAGGGGGCGCCUCUUUUUGAUCCGUCCGUUCCCGCUGGAGGAAGAGGAGCAACCCUUACCCUGGGGCCCUCCGGCCUCGUAAGAACCGCAAGUCCUCGAAGUCCCUGGACGCGGCAGUUCUUCCUGCCGUCUAACCUCAGGUGCCAGUGUCUUACCUGCUCAGCGGAUCAGGCGGCAAGAUGGCAGCUGGGCCAAAUGGGCUUGAGGAGUGGGUGGGCAGCGCAUACCUGUUUGUGGAGUCCUCGCUGGACAAGGUGGUUUUGUCGGAUGCCUACGCUCACCCGCAGCAGAAAGCGGCGGUGUACAGGGCUCUGCGGGCUGCCCUGGCAGAGAGUGGCGGGAGCCCUGACGUGCUGCAGAUGCUCAAGAUCCACCGCAGCGAUCCGCAGCUGAUCGUGCAGCUGCGUUUCAGCGGGCGCCAGGCCUGCGGCCGCUUCCUCCGCGCCUACCGCGAGGGGGCGCUGCGCGCCGCGCUGCAGGGGUGCUUGGCGGCGGCGCUUGCCCUGCACUCGGUGCCGUUGCAACUCGAGCUGCGCGCUGGCGCGGAGCAGCUGGACGCCUUGAUGACCGACGAGGAGCGCUGUUUGAACUGCAUAUUCGCCCAGAAGCCGGACCGGCUCCGGGAUGAGGAACUCACAGAUUUGGAGGAUGCGCUCAGGAAUCUGACGUGCGGCUCGGGGUGCCGAGGGGGCGACGUGGAGGGCGCUCCGGCCCCCUUGCAGUCUCUGGCACCCUCUCUGUCGGAGGAGAAGCCGCCGCCGCCGCCGCCUGGCCAGACUUUUCUGUUCCAGGGUCAGCCUGUAGUGAACCGGCCGCUGAGCCUGCAAGACCAACAGACGUUCGCGCGCUCAGUGGGCCUCAAGUGGCGCAAGGUGGGGCGCUCCCUGCAGCGCGGCUGUCGUGCGCUGCGGGACCCGGCGCUUGACUCCCUGGCCUAUGAGUACGAGCGUGAAGGGCUGUACGAGCAGGCCUUCCAGCUGCUGCGGCGCUUCGUGCAGGCCGAGGGCCGCCGAGCCACGCUGCAGCGCCUGGUGGAGGCGCUCGAGGAGAACGAGCUCACCAGCCUGGCAGAGGACUUGCUGGGCCUGGCGAAUCCCGAUGGCAGCCUGGCCUAGACUGGGUACCAGAGAAAGGGGCGGUCGGCCAGUUGCCCAGCCAUGGUUUGGAGAACUUGGAUGACCAUAGGGUCCCUUCUGCUGCUACUGCUGACCUCCCAUCCACCCACAGGACUCCGAGACCACACUUAUAACCCCACAUAGCUGAGUUGCUGGAGCUGCUGGGCAGAGAUGACUGCCCUCUCCAGGAGUCAGACAAGCACCCACCAUAUCUGCUAGGGUGCCACUAGGGGUUCUGUUCUAGAUACUAGGAAAGAGACAGUGUAUGGGUGAUGUGCUGCAAGAGGUCUGCCUCACCUCCCACCGCAGAAAAGGGGCUUUCAGCCAGACCUUACCUCUUCCUUCACAGAACAGUUCAUUACUAUCCAUUAACUCAUUAAGGACCUGCUGUCUCCUAGUCCUCAUCCUGGGUGCUGCAAAUACUGUGGGGAACAAAAACCACGAAUCCUGCCUGUCCCCAGCUCAUACUCAGUGUGGGACUCUGAAUAUUAAGCAACAGUAAUAAAAUACUACCAGUUUUUUGAUGUGAAAAAUACAA